AAAAAGUCACGCGGUAACAAGCGUCUGUCUGACUCAGAUCUCAGCUCACCAGCAAUGGCAGCCGUAACUGUUUGUUCCCGUUUCGGCCUUCUCAGGAGGACUUUGGGGUUUACUGCUGGAAGGUGCACUACAGCAUUCCAGCGAAAUUCAUCUACAAACAUAGACGAGUUCGAUGAAUUCCAACUCAAAUAUUUAGAUGGUGAAGACACAGGUAUUGCUGUUUUUUCUAUGAACAGACCAGAAAGGAAAAAUGCGCUUGGAAGGAAAUUCUUGUUUCAGUUCACAGAAUGUAUGAAGAAGGUAAAGUUCGACAAGAGUAUCCGGGUUGUAAUUCUCCGAAGUUUAGUCCCGGGUGUGUUCUGUGCAGGUGCCGACCUGAAGGAACGUGCCCAGAUGACUGAUGCAGAGACUGGACCCUUUGUAGCUGGUCUGCGAGCCUCGGUCAAUGACAUGGACAACCUUCCAAUGCCAACCAUCGCAGCCAUUGAUGGGGUGGCCCUGGGUGGUGGGACUGAGGUGUCCCUCGCCUGUGAUCUCCGGGUCGCUUCUACUACAGCCAAGAUGGGCCUGGUGGAGACAAGACUCGCUAUCAUUCCAGGGGGAGGUGGUACCCAGAGGCUGCCUAGGAUCAUCAAUCCUGCCGUGGCACGCGAACUCAUGUACACGGCUCGUGUAGUGGAGGGCAGGGAGGCUGAGAGAAUCGGAAUGGUGAACCACUGUGUGGAACAGAAUGAGAAUGGUGAUGCUGGAUAUCUGAGGGCACUUAAACUUGCUCAGGAAAUAUUACCACAGGGACCAGUUGCCUUACGUAUGGCCAAGAUGGCAAUUAGCAGAGGAUCUGAGGUCGACCUACACAGUGCUCUGUACUUUGAGGAGGCAGGUUAUUCACAGGUGAUACCUACCAGGGACCGUCGUGAGGCGAUGAAGGCCUUUAUGGAGAAGAGGAAGCCCAAGUUUGAAGGCCAUUAGUAUGCAUGUUGCAUCUCUUUGUUCUUCUCCAGAUAGCUGAUUUAACAGUACAUUUUGUUUUGUCCAGACGGUUGAAGAGCCAUAUCUCUACUUCAGGUGGUCAAAGUGUGUCAUCUCCACAGUAACUAUUGAUUGUUAGCAUGGCUAGAAUGAUGGAGUGUGGAAUCAAAUACGGAAGUUAUAUAACAUAAAGUCUUUUUGAAUUGGUUGAUUAUGAUGCUAUUUGCUGAAAGUGGUAAACAUGGAUAUACAUUGUAUGUUUUAAUCAGUGUUGAUUUUAUGAUUAUGAAGACUGAAAUGUUUAUACCCACUUCAGUAAUAGCAUCACGAUACUUGAAAAUGAUUUCUAAAUGAGAUAGGAACAAGAAUGAGAGUUGAGAUAAGAUCGAGAUAAUUGUAAAAUUUGAUUUUGAGAAUGAGGAUUUUACCAAAAAAACGAGAUUUAAUAAAACAUGAAAAUUGAUAAUGAAAUUUUGUAAAAUGUUAUUGCAUAAUCAUGACAAUUAUGAAAUUAUCUUGGAAAUGCAUUUCCUCUAAAUCCAUAUUAAGUGAGCUCAAGACAAUCACUGCAAAUUAAUUUAAAACUAAUUGUGUAAAUCUGUAAAAUUUGACUUGAAAUGUCACUGCCAGUCAUUUUAGUACAAAGUUGGUAUUGAUAUACUACAGACAAUGCCAGGUGCAUUUAUCAUUCCAGACAGUUGUAAGUGGUCUACUGGACCCACAUACCUGGUAAUCCGUUGUUGCAGUGCUAUAUGUGUGUGCUAUAGUGUAACUGUGUUACAAGAGAGUUCUAGUUUUAUAUCUAACCUGUGAUAUAUUUAAGAAAAAACAAUAAAAAUGUCAAAUUAUA